GCAGUUUUCCAUCUGCUGACCCGAGCCUUCGCCCUUCCAUGGCCCGCUGAGACGAGCCAUCUCGGGCCAAAAAUUCCACAACAUCGAGCCCACUUACCUAGUAACACAAUGACGGCGGCCUAAGGUCUCCCCUCCCUUCUGUAUCGCCCAUCAUCACUGCUCGAGCGGAAAGACGGCCGAUGCCAUCAGAAUGAACAACGAUUUCUACACCUCUCCGCUGUCAUCCGAGGAAGAGGCCCAGCAGCGGCUGGCGAUGCAGCGGAACGGGCAACAAGGCCAGAGCCAUGGGGCGGCCAACACGGGAAGUAUGGGAGGGGUGGCCCACACGAGCCCUAUGUCGACCGUGGAAGGCAUGGCGCUGACCGGCGAAUCGCUCGAUGACAUCUUCAGCCAGAAUGACCGCAGGUUCCAGCGGAGACCGAGUGUCGCCCAGCCGUUCUCGGGCUCGCUGACGGCUCGGGAAGUCGGCCAUCACAUGUCGAUGAUGGGCUUUAGCAACGCCGGUGACGCCAUGCAGGGGUUUCCCCUUGGCCUCCCCAACAGCACCGACUUGUCAGGCACAUCCGGGCAGUUUUCACAGCAGGCCCUCAUGGGAGUGCCGGGUCAACCGGGAUUUGAUGCGCUGGCCCCAACCACGCUCAGCAUGGACGCAUUCACGAACCUAAACAUGGAUUCGAUGGGUGCGGAUGCCGCUGCAAUGGGCAUCUUCAACUCACCCGAUCUCAACGCUCAGUAUCCGUCCGCGUCGCUAGACGCUGUCAACCAAGACCUUCCCAUGGGCAUGGGUGUCGACGGCACGGCAAUGAGCGCAGCCGGUGUGAACCAGAUGGCUGGAUACGGAGCCGGGAGAGGCGGCGGCAUGAUGGGAACCGGUGAGGCUUUUGACGCCUCCUCUGCCGUUCCUCGGGAGACCUCCAACAGCAUGAUCAUGUCAGAUCAGACCAUGGGCCAGUUCCAAGCGAACAUAGCGCCCACGGAACGGCGCGAGGCGUCCGCCUCCUCUACAGCGUUCCAAUCACCGGCACCAGAGGCUUCUCGGACCAUGUCCCAGUCUAGCGCCUGUCGAUCCAGCGUCGCCGCCUCGGCGACCCCGGCCCCGGCUGCGCCUACCGCCACGGGCCCACCUCUCCCUCCCGGUCUCGGGGCGCGCAACCCCAAAAAGGACGUCUAUUCCAAGAGCGGAUUCGACAUGCUCCGGGCCCUGUUCUACGUCGCGACAAGGAAGAAUCCCACGGUGGAGAUUGGUGCCGUCGACCUAUCGUGCGCCUUCCUCGUGACCGACGUGACGCUCAACGACUGCCCCAUCAUCUAUGUUUCGGACAAUUUCCAGAAUCUUACCGGGUAUAACCGCCACGAGAUCAUCGGCAAGAACUGCCGUUUUCUGCAGAGCCCGGAUGGAGAGGUGGAGGCUGGCUCGCGGCGCGAGUUCGUGGCGAACGAUGCCGUCCUCAAACUGAAGAACGCCGUGACCGAGGGCAAGGAGAUACAGCAGAGCCUGAUCAACUACCGCAAGGGCGGAAAACCGUUCCUGAAUCUGCUGACCUUGAUCCCGAUCCCUUGGGAUAGUGAUGAGAUCAAGUACUUCAUCGGUUUCCAGAUCGACCUGGUCGAAUGCCCCGAGGCCAUCUCGGGCCAGGAAUCCGGGGCCAUGCAGGUCAACUACCGACACAGCGACAUUGGCCAAUACUUCUGGUCGCUCCCAAACACAACCCAGUGGGAGCUCGAGGCCGGUCAGACCCUCGGCGUCGACGACGUCUCCUCCCUCCUCCAGCAGUACAAUCCCAAGGGUGCCCCCGCUGAGUGGCAUAAGCAAUCCUGGCACAAGAUGCUCCUCGAGAACGCCGACGACGUGAUCCACGUCCUGUCCCUCAAGGGCCUCUUCCUCUACCUCUCUCCGGCAUGCAAGAAGAUACUCGAAUACGACCCGUCCGACCUGGUCGGCACUUCCCUAUCGUCCAUCUGCCAUCCCUCCGACAUUGUCCCCGUCACACGCGAGCUCAAGGACGCGCAGCAAAACGCAUCCGUCAACAUCGCCUUCCGCAUCCGACGCAAGCACUCGGGCUACAUGUGGUUCGAGAGUCGCGGCACGGUUCUGUACGAGCCGCACGCCAAGGGCCGCAAGUACAUCAUCUUGGUUGGCCGCAAGCGGCCCAUCUACUCGCUGCGCCGCCGCGACGUCGACGCGGCGCACUCCCCGCUCGGCAGCAUGCCGCUCGGCGCCGACGGCGAGAUCUGGUCCAAGGUCUCGGCCUCGGGCAUGUUCUUGUACGUCUCGUCCAGCGCCAAGUCGCUGCUCGACAUCAGCCCCCGGGAGCUCGAGGGCACCAGCAUGCGGGACCUCCUGCGCAAGGAGAGCAGGGCCGAGUUCGGGCGGACGAUUGAGAAGGCGCGCAAGGGCGCGGUGGUCGGGCUCAAACACGAGCUGAUGCACAGGAGGGGUCAGCUGAUCGCCGCCCAGACAGUCUUUUACCCCGGCGACGGGAUGGGAGUCGCGGCAAAGGGCGGGCCCAGUUUCCUGAUUGCGCAGACGAGGCUCGUCAAGGGCGGCCGGGUCAUCGCUGCCGGGAAGGGAGCAGGCGGGACGGUGACGGGAGCUGGGACUACCGCUGCUGCUGCUGCUGCUGCUGCUGCUGCUGUUGCUGGUGGUGGCGGCGGCGGAGAGGAUGCCACGACGGGCGUCGUCGUUGUGGGGAACCGGUCGGUGACGGUCACGUACCCGCGCUCGGCGAUCGAGUCGGAUGAUGACGAGAGCGAUGAUAUCUUUGCCGAGCUCGGGACCACCAGAUGCACGUCGUGGCAGUAUGAGCUCAGGCAGAUGGAAAAGGUCAACCGGCUGCUGGCGGAGGAGCUCAUGCAGCUGAUGGCCAACAAGAAGAAGCGGAAGCGGAGAAAAGGCGGCGGGAGCGGUGCUGGCGCGGGGGGGAGCGGCGGUGUGGUGGCGAAAGAUUGUGCAAACUGUCACAGGACAGAUACGCCCGAGUGGAGGAGGGGGCCCAGCGGGAAUAGGGAUUUGUGCAAUUCCUGUGGGUUGCGGUGGGCUAAACAGACGGGUAAGGUCUCGCCGAGAAAUACCUCCCGCAGAAACAGCGAUGCCAGCGCUGCCAGUAAGAGGACGAGCGUCAGCACGGUAAGCUCGAACUCGCCGGCUGGGGCGUCGCCGCUGAGGAGGGAGGUAGCGAGUGAUGCCGUCAGCUCUGGGUCGUCGGCAAUGGAGAGGGCUAGCAUUGGGGAGUGCAGUGGCGUCGGUGGCGGCGGGAGUGGGAUGGGGAUGGGUCCUAUCCGAGAGGAGUAACGGCGACAAGGGCAAGUCUCCCCAUUUGCUCCCGUUUUCUUUUGCUCUUCACCUUCGUGUGCCUGCAGGAUCCCAUCUUCCUACCGGUUGUGCUGGCUGGCUGGCUGGCUGGCCAGCCCCUUGGUUCUCUCCCGAUGAAGGCACAGGCGGCUGUUGUUGUGCCGCGGGAUUUUGGCAUUUUCUCCUCGUGUUCUUCAGCAUCUCCCUCUUCCUCGACGCAUACUCGAGAUUCUUUUUUUUUCUGGAUGGAUUCAGUUGCCGGCGCGGGACUUAUCUAGAUUUUUGGCUAGCUCGCAGGCAAUUUGGCGGCGGCCGC